AUGGCUUCAGUAAGAAACCUACCUUAUGGAUUUGGUACAAAUUACGAGACUGUAAUAAAGAUUAUUGGGAGCAAAUAUGUCCGAUGCCUUGUAGAGAAAAGUGAUGGGAAAGCAAAGGAGAUUGUGAAACCUGAGGCACACUCCAUGCUCCAAACUUUACCUCUGCAUAAUAUAAGACAGAGAAAUGGAAAAUAUCCAGACUGCAAUAAGCCACCUGGUCAGCAGAUCAAUAAUGGUGUGAAUAUUGAAUCUCAGAACAAAGAUGGAGUGGAAAAAUAUACAUCCAAACAAACAGAGACAAAUGUUAUCAGAUCUGUGGACAACAAAGAACAAAAACCACUAAAUUUGUAUUGUGUUACUGCACCCUGUGGAGAUAAGUCUUUAUCUUAUAUUCACUCUAUCAAGAAACCAUCUUUGGAAGCUCAGAAUUCAUUACAACAGGGCAUUCUGCCAGAGACAAAGGAUGAGGAUGAUUCUCUUCUAGUUCUUCUCAGAAAGGAAUUUGAGCUGCAUCCUAUAAAUCUCACUACUUUGGCCAGCCUGAAUGAAGAGCUCAAGGAGAGGGAUCCCAGGAAAUCAGGAUUUCUGUCUCAGGCCCAGUUGAGCACCCUGCUUCUCAAAUAUGAUAUCCCGCUACAACUACCAACUGUCAAACUGCUUUUCAAGAAGUGUUCACAAGCUAAUGACCAAGAACUG